AUGACAAAUUUCACCAUGAGUGGGUUUCUUCUCAUGGGGUUUUCUGCCAAGCCUGAGCUAGAAAUCUGCUAUGCUUCUCUGUUCUUGGUCUUAUACUUGUUGGCUUUAACUGGCAACAUGCUCAUCAUCACCACAACUUCCCUGGAUGACAGCCUCCAGUCCCCCAUGUAUUUCUUCCUGAAGCAUCUCUCCUUGUUGGAUCUCUGCUACAUUUCUGUGACUGUACCGAGAUUCAUUUACAACUCUUUCAUGCACAGUGGGAAUAUUUCUCUCUGGGAAUGCAUAGUGCAAUGCUUUGUUUUCGCCCUCUGUGCAAUUGCCGAGAUGGCCAUGCUCACGUUGAUGUCCUACGACCGCUACGUGGCCAUCUGCCUGCCCCUACGCUAUGAAAUCAUCAUGGACGUCAGAACCUGUGUCCAUGGAGUCACCGGUGUCUGGGUCAGUGGGACCAUCUCUGGAGUCAUGCAUGUGGCAGCUACUUUCUCCAUCCACCUCUGUGGCCCACGCAUCAUUCACCAGUUCUUCUGUGAUAUCCCCCAGAUCCUGAAACUCUCCUGCUCUAGUGAUUUUAUGAGUGAAGUAGGUGUCACUAUCUUUACGGCUUUGCUGUCCUUUCUUUGUUUCCUAUUUAUUGGAUUCUCCUACCUGCACAUAUUCUCUUCAGUGCUGAAGAUGCCAUCUGCUGAGGGCAGAGCCAAGGCCUUUUCCACUUGCCUCCCCCACCUCGUUGUCGUCAUAUUGUUCCUUUCUACGGGUGCCUUCGAGUAUUUCAAGCCUCAUUCUGAAUCCCCAACAGCUUUGGACCUAUUCCUCACUAUUAUGUAUACGGUAGUUCCCCCAACAUUCAAUCCAAUUAUUUAUAGCCUGAGAAACAAAGCCAUAAAGUUAGCCCUGAGAAAGGUGAUUCAAAGAAGAGAAGCACUUACUUCCAUUCAUUCAUUAUUGAGAGACAAGUUCAAUGUAUAA